AUGGUUGGUCUGAAACAUCUUGCAUCUGCCAUUGCAGCCUAUCUUUCUCUCCCGGCCGUUGCGGCAUCCGAUGAAGCAGCUCAAACUACCACGCCUGUCGCCAGUCUACCCGGUUCUGAGAAGAUCGCCUGUUCAGUUCUGAGCCAGAAGUAUCCGAAACAUACCUUCCUCGCCGGCUCCGAUGGGUACCUCUACGAGACUCAAACGCAAUACUGGUCCGCAACGGCCCACGACAGCCCAGCAUGCGUCUUCGUCCCGCAGGACGCCCAACAAGUCUCCUUCGCCGUCACUACCCUCACCCUCAGCUUGACCAAGUUCGCAGUCCGCAGCGGCGGUCACAUGCCCGUGGUAGGCUCCAACAGCAUCGGGUCCACGGGCGUGCUGCUGUCGACAUCCAACCUGACAUCAUUGGCCAUCUCCGAAGACAGGGCAACCGUAUCAGUCGGCGCGGGCAACAGAUGGAGAGACGUCUACUCUUACCUCCAACCCUAUGGCCUCGCGGCGGUCGGCGGUCGAGUCGGCGGCGUCGGGGUCUCUGGCUUGUUGCUCGGGGGCGGCAUCUCAUUCUACUCGAACCAGUACGGCUUCGCCGCCGACAACGUCGUGCGCUACGAGGCCGUCCUGGCCAGCGGUCUCGUGGUCGAGGCCACCGCCGCGAACGCCUACUCGGACCUGUUCUGGGCCCUGAAGGGCGGCGGCAACUCCUUCGCCAUCGUCACCCGGUUUGAUCUGAAGACGGUCGAGUCGCCCAAGGUCUGGGUUGGUAUCUCUCAGUAUGCGCAGAACGAGAGCGAUAAGUACCUCGACGCCGUGUACAACUUUGGGAAGUACGGUUCUGCCGAUGGCAAGGCGGCUAUCAUUCCGACUAUCCUCACCUACCCAUCGUACAACAUCACGGCGUAUGCGGCGGCGAGAUUCUACGACUCCGAGACCGCCCCCGGGACGGCUUUUGAGAACUUCACGUCCCCGGUGCUUGUGCCUGUGGAUGAUUCGUAUGCGUUGCAGCCUCUUGCCGAGUAUGUCAGCGCUGUCGAUGCUUUGCAGCCCACGGGUCUCCGUCAAGAAUUUCGUGUCCUGUCAUUGGUCGUUGACCGCGAAGCCGUCGCCCUCGUCCACGACUCCUUCAUCGAAGCCGCGAACUCCAGGCUAUCCUCCAUUGUUGGACUUUCGGCCUCCAUCUCAUUCCAGCCCAUCACCAAGGAGUUCAUCGAGCAAGGCAUCAGCCGAGGCGGGCCUGAUCCGCAGGGUGUCGACCCGGCCAAGGCGCCGUAUUUCUGGGUUGUGGAGAACUUGUCGUGGCAGAACGCCAAGGACGACGUGACGGCGCGCGAGUUCGCCGAGACUGUCACAGUUGACAUUGAGACGGCUCUUGAGGCCAAGGGCGUUGCUGGUGGGUAUCUGUACUUGAACGAUGCCGGAAAGGGUCAGCGCAUCUUUCAGAGUUAUCCGUCUGCGAACGUGGCCAAGCUCAAGGCCAUCCGGACGAAGUAUGAUCCUCUGAGGAUCUACACUAACCUGUUAACUGGUGGUUGGAAGGUGUUGGAUGCUUGA